UCAAAGGAUAUGGAAGACUGCAGUUCUGUGGAGGCAGCUCAGAGCUGGAAUUGCCUUCUCAGGGUCUGGGAAGGACCACAGAGGUUGAUUUAACUGUUUAUUGCUUAUGCAGUUGUUUGUUUUAUGGUUUAUGUUGCUUCCUGUGGGGACAUGUUUGGCCCAGGGAAAAUAAAACUGCUCUGUGAACAGUAACAAGCCACUAUACCUUCCCUUUUAUUUUUCCAAGGAUGUAAAUAUAAACUAAUUGACAUCUUCCAAGUCCACAAGAGAACUGGUUCAGUCCAGGUCCAAAAGUUUCAGAGAAGCAAAAAUUUAAAUGAAAUUGAUCAGAGAUCAUUUAUUAGAAUAUUAGAACCAGUCAUCUAGAAAUACUGGGUAUAGGCUGGAGGGAAAUUUGGAGAACUUGGCGAAUUCAUGAAGACCUGCUGCUAGCUACCUGCUGCCAUGCUACCUUCCUCCCACCACUCAAGUCUCCCCAGCCUGUAUAGAAAUUUUAUGAAUAAGAACCAGAAGCCAGUGCUAACAGGCCAGCGAUUCAAAACUAGGAAGAGGGAUGAAAAGGAGAAAUUUGAACCCACAGUCUUCAGGGAUACCAUUGUCCAAGGCCUCAAUGAAGCUGGGAAUGACCUGGAAGCUGCAGCCAAGUUCUUGGAUGCAACAGGCUCGAGGCUAGAUUACCGUCGUUAUGCUGACACACUCUUUGAUAUACUGGUAGCUGGCAGCAUGUUGGCCCCUGGAGGGACACGCAUAGAUGACAAUGACAAGAGCAAAAUGACCACCCACUGUGUGUUUUCUGCAGAUGAAGAUCAUGAUGCCAUCCGAAACAAUGCUCAGGUCUUUAAUAAACUCAUCAGGAGAUAUAAAUAUUUGGAGAAGGCAUUUGAAGAGGAAAUCAAAAAGCUGCUGCUGUUCCUUAAAGCCUUUUCUGAAACAGAGCAGACAAAGUUGGCAAUGCUCACUGGGAUCCUGCUAGCCAAUGGAACACUUCCUGCCACUAUUUUAACAAGUCUUUUCACUGACAACAUAGUCAAAGAAGGGAUUGCAGCAUCUUUUGCAGUAAAGCUUUUUAAAGCAUGGAUGGCAGAGAAAGAUGCCAAUUCAGUUACCUCUGCUUUAAGAAAAGCCAACCUAGACAAGAGAUUGCUUGAACUAUUUCCAGCCAACCGGCAGACUGUGGAACACUUUGCCAAGUACUUCACUGAUGCAGGUCUAAAAGAGCUCUCGGACUUCCUCAGAGUCCAGCAGUCACUAGGAACUCGUAAAGAGCUUCAAAAAGAGUUACAAGAACGUCUUUCUCAGGAAUGCGCAAUUAAAGAGGUAGUGCUUUACGUGAAAGAGGAAAUGAAGAGAAAUGAUCUGCCAGAGCCUGCAGUGAUUGGACUCCUGUGGACCUGUAUAAUGAAUGCUGUUGAAUGGAACAAGAAAGAAGAACUGGUUGCUGAACAAGCACUUAAACAUCUAAAGCAAUAUGCACCCCUGCUUGCUGUGUUCAGCACUCAAGGCCAGUCAGAACUCAUUCUUCUCCAGAAGGUUCAGGAAUACUGUUAUGACAACAUCCAUUUCAUGAAAGCCUUUCAGAAGAUAGUGGUACUCUUUUACAAAGCUGAUGUCCUGAGUGAAGAAGCUAUACUGAAGUGGUACAAAGAAGCACAUGUUGCUAAAGGCAAAAGUGUUUUUCUUGACCAGAUGAAGAAAUUUGUUGAGUGGCUGCAAAAUGCUGAAGAAGAAUCAGAAUCUGAAGGUGAGGAAAACUAAGACGGUUCAACAAAGCACAAUCUCUAGACGACUGCCGAAUGCUCUUUGGAAAUGUCGUACUGUUCAAGCAAGAGACUUUACUUCAGUGUCAUACAGAAAACUCUAGGCUAGACUGUCCUUUUGUUUAGGGAGAAAAAGGGUUUUUACUGGAGCCCUGAGGCAUUAGAUGCUUUACUUGGGACUCUACCUCUGGCUCAUUGUAUGCUAAUUUAGGCAAAGACAUUCAUCCAGGAGCCACAUAAGGAAAGUGGAAAUGAAUACUUUAUGGACUCCUUUUUAUUAGCAGUCUUUUCAGGUACUCUGACAUGUGAACACUCCAAUGUCUGUUUUUAGAGUUGUUUGGUCUUUGUAGCACAAUAUUGGCUUGUGUAUAUGAUUUGACACCACUGCAUUUUUUGGAAUA